AUGUUUAUAGUCAGAUUUUUCUUAGUAAUUUUACUGAAAACAGCUUUUCAGAAAUUGAAAAUUACAACCUCUCCAACAAAACUGAGGAUAAACGAUGUGCGUAGUUUAGUAGUUAAGUAUCUUCAAACUAAACGCAAAUGUGGAGCCAGCGAACAAAGGAAAAUUCCAAAGGGUGAAAGUGGUAGCCAAACCCAAGAGGGAGGCUCGGAAAGAUUUAAAUGCAGCGAUUGCAACAGGAGCUACAAGCAGUUCGGAAGCUUAAGUCGCCACAGGCGUUUCGAGUGCAAUCUGGAUCCGAGAUAUGCUUUUGCCUCGCUGCGGAACUUCAAUAUCCAACAGCUUCCUCUAAUUAAGAAUUUUGCAAUGUGGAUAAACAAGCAUCAGGAGAGCCAACGACAGCAGCAACAGCAACACCAGCAGCAACAAAACAACGCCUGUGCCUAUCGCUGCGACAUCUGCGGCAAAGGUUACCAGCACCGGGCAACCCUACUUCGGCAUACUCGGCACGAGUGCAACAAACCGCCGAAAUUUCGUUGCCCGUACUGCGCCCAUCGUACAAAACAGAAGGGCAAUUUGUACCAACACAAUUUCAAAGGAUUUAUGUACCAAGUUAUCAGCUUUUCAACCACACCAGCUCGACAAUCGCCCAACAACAAGAACAGCAAUUUGCGCCUCAAAAAUAUCUCAAUGGGCCCGGGCGUUUUACUUGCUUUAAAUGUGGAAAUUCACCACUUAAAGCAACAUUAUUGCAAAACGAAUGAUUUUGCAUACGAUGGCAUGCAGUAUCAGGUCGAAAAUCCAGAAUUUUUAUCCGUUCACUUACUUGCAGUUUUACAAGUAACUCCCGCCACUCGAGGCAGAAAACGAAUACCACUCCCAGCUCGGAUGCUAAAUCAAGCCAUUGAUUUGAUGAAUGGUGGAAUGUCCAUUCGUAAAGCUGCAGCAGCCAUUGAAUUCAACAGCCAUGAUACGUUAGCUGAUCAACAUUUGAGUUUUAAUAUCACCGACGACGGAUACUUUGCUUGUCAGAAGUGCAACAAAAAAUACGGGCUCAAACAAAAUCUACGAAGGCACGUUAGAUUCGAAUGCGGAGGUCAAAGACAGUUCUAUUGUCAUCUAUGUCCUAAUAAGUAUACGCAAAAUUCCAGUCUUCAUAGACAUCUUUUCCACUGUCACAAUAUUGACUUCCGGAAAUCCAAGAUGAAACGUACCGAAUGGUUAUAUGAUGAAGUUGAUAUUUAA